AUGACAAAACAACGCAAAAUAAAUAUUAGUCUUAUAUCACCAGGUGUGCUUGUUGAAAAAUACCAUUAUGGUUCAUAUUCUCGCUAUUGGUGGCAAUCUUUACUUAAUUCUGAGGAAAUUACAACUUAUUUUCCUAUUCAAGUGAAGCAAACAAUUAAAGCAAUGCUCAACAAUUGUGAAUUUAUUAUUACAGUAGUUGUUGGCAAUAAAGACAAUAAUAUCUUUUUACUGAGUUAUAUGUGUCAAUGUAAUGAAAUUGUAGGAAUUGCAAAUAAUCUGACUAAUGCUAUUUCUGAAGUUUAUUCAAAAAUCUUUGCAACGAAAACUCGCUAUUCUGAUUCAUUAAUAAUAGGAUGGAAUGACGAAAAUAUAGUAAAUGAAUUGAAUAAAGAUCAUUGUGCUGGACUGGGAUAUAAAUCUUCACUUCUUCAUAAAUUUAGAGAUAAACAGGCAUUGUUUAUUUCUAAAAUCAAAGAAACUUUAUGUACUGUUGAAAUUUAUCAAGAUCAAAAACUUCAAACUACAUAUUUAUUUAUAAAAUGGGAUGAACAAGAAAGUCCUCUAAUUGAACUAAACAAUGAAUUACAUAAUAUAUAUCCUGAAAAUCAUCAAUUUAGUAUACGUGAAAAAAGUGCAUGGCAGACCUUUCUUCAUGCUGCUGGUGCCAAUAAUGUAACUCCUUGGCCAUGUAAAGAACAGUAUCAAUUUUGGUCAAAAUCUAACUAUCCAGAACAAGAUCAUGCAUUACUUACCCAAUUAUAUCAAAUGAAAUUUCUUGUUAAGGAUAUUUCAACACCUAUUAAAAAUUCAACUUUAACUUUUUGGCAAUGCUUUAAUCAAUUACAAGAAAAUUUAGAU